CAUAGUUAGUGCUGUUUGGGUUCUCGAUCAGUUCGGUCGCAUUUCCGUCUGUGUAACCGGAUUUCAUUCUUCAUUCUCGCGCGUGCUCGCAGAGUCGACGGUUUUUCGCGUAGUUGCCUGUUUGCGUGAGUGAUAGUUAUAGUUACAGUUUUACAACUCGGUGUCUGCUGACUUAGUUUCCUCGCGAUUAGUGCCGUUUUGUUCGAGUGGUCUGCUUCUAAGUGUGUAUUUUGUUUUUUUUUUGCUUCCUGAAGAGUGUGGUCUGUUCCUUUCUGUUGUACUUUUGAACUGUUUGGCUAAUUCAAUUUACGGCUCGUGCGGUUGAGCUGUGAAGCGAAGAACGCUCCGUUCUUUGUGAACAACGAUGAUGGUUCUUCGUUGAAUCAGUGCUAGAAUAGUGAGCGUUAUGAUGAAAAAGAAGCAAAAAGUUUGAUGAGCCAGCAUUCUCAACAAUUCCACGGCGUUGAUGAUUUUGUUUUCCGUGACUAAGCGCAAUUCUCAAGAGCGUUCUCUGUAGACAUUGGAUAAUCCACACACCCCAGGAGAUCCUGAAUCACACGUCCAGCUUCAUCAGAGGAGAUAAUCGCUGCCGGCUUACCACAUCCAACAUCUGCCCAUUAGUGCUUAAAAAGCUUAUAUCUCAGAUCAGUUUCAGGAGGCAGUUGAACAAGAGCGUACCCAACAGAGCACAUCUAGCAUCUCUCAACUCAACUCUACUCAAUCAAACUUUCUACCAAAAAAGCCAAAUGCGUUCGAACAGUCGUUGGUCUCGAGAAGCCUCAGAUAGAGCACGGUUCACAACGAUAUAGAAUAUACCUACAUUUAUUAUAAGUGCAAAGUGAAAACCACCCACAGAAGCAGAUCGUCCUCAGUCAGAACCGGUCUUACUUAGUGCAUUGUUCGAGCUGGACGAGAGCGAAAAAGUGCACCAUCGAGAACAGAACCGCUUCCCCAGUAGAAGCUCUCGCUCUCCAGCAUGACGAAAGACGUGGAAUUUCAAGAUGUGGUCUACACGGUCAAUGUCCGGAAGAGCAUCAUUAGCGAAAGCCGAAAACAGACAAUACUGAAAGGCGUGAGUGGCGUUUUCCGGCAUGGUCAAUUAUCAGCAAUCAUGGGGCCCUCCGGGGCCGGAAAAAGCAGUUUACUAAACGCGAUCUCAGGCUACCGGAAAUCUGGAGUGGAAGGCACAAUGCACCUGAACCGGAAGGCAUCAUGUUACAUCACUCAAGAAGAUCACCAUCAACCGUUAUUAACAGUACAAGAACUGAUGCACAUUGCUUGCCAGCUAAAAGUCAAAGGAAAAGCAAAUUAUGAAGAAACUAUCACGGAUGUUUUGUCCAACUUGAACCUAAAUCACCGAAGGAACGUAACUGCCGAUAGACUAAGCGGAGGAGAGCGGAAGCGGCUUUCCAUUGCUCUGGAGAUGGUGGCAAAUCCGUCGAUUUUCUUUCUGGACGAGCCCACUAGCGGACUGGACGAGGUAACUGCGGCCACAUGCGUUCGGUUGUUCCGAGAUCUUGCCAAGCAGGGCCGUACCGUCGUGUGUACAAUCCACCAACCAUCUGCCAGCAUAUUCGCCCUGUUCGACCACAUCUAUGUAAUCGCGCGAGGGUCUUGCGUAUUCCAGGGCAGUCCCAAGGCAGUUGUGCCGUUCCUUUCCCACCUGCACAUAGAAUGCCCAAGGCAUUACAAUCCAGCUGAUUUCAUAAUCGAGGUAUGUGACAACGAGUCGCAUGACGUCAUCCCAUCUCUCUCGGAAGCAAUGCAAAAUGGAAAAUCAAUCUGCACGAAACUGCAACUGCCGUCUGCAAUCCCAUCUACCUCAGCAGUGGAAGAGGAACCAAGCUCGCUCGAACCCAUGACCGACUUUGUGAUCAAACCGACUGUGACUUCCAUGAUCUUGGAACAGCAACGCCCCAAGGUUUCAACGCUGGUCCAGAAGAUGAAACAGAUUACUCGAUUUUUCCACAGCCCGCAUGCCGUGUCUGGGUUCGUCCAAUUUUGGGUUCUGUUUCGAUUGAUGUGGACCAAGACAAUGCGUAACAGAACGGUUUUGUGGAUACAGCUUGUCCAUCACAUCAUUUGCGCUAUUUUUAUCGGACUGAUUUUCUUAAACGCGGCAAAUGAUGGCGCCCGGAUGUUCGAUCAUCUCAAGUUUUGCUUAGGAGUUUGUUUCUUCUUUUGCUACACGCAAGUAAUGGUUCCAAUUCUGGCUUAUCCUCGCGAAGUGAAACUAGUAAAGAAGGAGUGUUUCAACCGCUGGUACGGCUUGUUUCCCUACUACUUAGCGCUGACCCUUUCGCGGCUACCGGUUCAAAUAUUCCUGAACAUUAUCUUCACAGUACUCGUCUACUGGCUAGCAGGACUACCAGCCGAGUUUUUCCGUUAUGCCUUGUUCACCGUUGUGGGCUUGAUCGUUUCGCUUUGCGCGGAAGGAUUUGGCCUCAUGAUCGGAGCAACCUUCAACGUUAUGAAUGGUUCUGCAAUAGGUCCUCUAACGAUUGCGCCUUUCCUCGGGCUGGCCAUCUAUGGGUUCGACUUUGCACCACAGAUUCCUGCCAUUAUGCAAUGGCUGAUGCGAGCGUCCUUCAUCCGCGGAGGAGUCGUUUCCGUGGUAUUGGUAGUUUUCGGAUAUAAUCGUCAACGGCUAGACUGUAACGAAAUGUACUGCCACUUCGAUGACCCCAAGGUGUUACUGCACUACGUUCGGAUAGACAAUACGACGCUGCAGUUCGAGCUGGGCAUUUUGAUAGCCAUGACGCUGUUCUAUCGAUUGCUGUGCUACCUCAGCUUGCGGAGGCGAUUCUACAAGUGAGCGGAACAAUCAGUCGUUGACAAAAACCAUUGUGAUCAUCUUUUCUAGAUAUAGUGCAAAAUAAGGGCUGAUCUUUUUUUUCAUAAUUUUUUACUGCUCUGGUAAUGUUAUAGAACGAGUUACUAAUAGGCAUAGAAUUAGUUUAACAUUCCGCGGGUGACAAUGAACAUUUUUUCUAGAUUAGGUUUUUCAAGGGAGGUUCUUUUUCUUUCCGGAGAAACUUAUCGAACCAAAUA